GGCUGCUGCUGCUGCUGUGUGGCUGCUUCCUUGCACUCACUGGCAGGCUCCGUGCGGCUCCCUCGCCGCCGCCAGCCUGGGAAAGUGGGUUACAGAGCGACGGAGCUCAGCUCAGACGCCGGCAGGGGAGCACCCGGCCACAGAGAGACGGAGCAGGAACCCCUUCCUCUGGCUUUCUCUUCAUCUUUUCUAGAGGGUUUUAUAUCUGUACUCUCUCCCUCUCUCUCUUGAAAUUUUGUUGCUUUGACUUUUUUCCCCCUUCUGCUUUGGCUUUAUGAGGGCUUUGUUAAGUCUUAGAGGGGAAAGAGACUGAGCGAGGGAAAGAGAGAGGCAAAGUGGAAAAGACCUCAAACUGGAAGAGCGCGUCCCGCCCCGGCCGUGGAUGCAAGCCCUCUGUUUGUAAAGCCCUCUCCGCGAGCAGCGCGCACCCCUCGGAGCACGCGGCGGACCCUCAGCUCCGCGGGGCCACCAUGGUCGGGAGAGUUCAGCCCGAGCGGAAACAGUUGCCGCUGGUCCUACUGAGAUUGCUCUGCCUUCUUCCCACAGGACUGCCUGUUCGCAGCGUGGAUUUUAACCGAGGCACGGACAACAUCACCGUGAGGCAGGGGGACACAGCCAUCCUCAGGUGUGUUGUAGAAGACAAGAACUCGAAGGUGGCCUGGUUGAACCGUUCUGGCAUCAUUUUCGCUGGACAUGACAAGUGGUCUCUGGACCCCCGGGUUGAGCUGGAGAAACGUCAUUCUCUGGAAUAUAGCCUCCGAAUCCAGAAGGUGGAUGUUUAUGAUGAGGGUUCCUACACUUGCUCGGUUCAGACACAGCAUGAGCCCAAGACCUCCCAAGUUUACUUGAUCGUGCAAGUCCCACCAAAGAUCUCCAACAUCUCCUCGGAUGUCACUGUGAAUGAGGGCAGCAACGUGACCCUGGUCUGCAUGGCCAAUGGCCGUCCUGAACCUGUUAUCACCUGGAGACACCUUACACCUACUGGAAGAGAAUUUGAAGGAGAAGAAGAAUACCUGGAGAUCCUCGGCAUCACCAGGGAGCAGUCAGGCAAAUAUGAGUGCAAAGCUGCCAACGAGGUGUCCUCAGCGGACGUCAAACAAGUCAAGGUCACUGUGAAUUAUCCUCCCACCAUCACAGAAUCCAAGAGCAACGAAGCCACCACAGGGCGACAGGCUUCACUCAAAUGUGAGGCCUCCGCAGUGCCUGCGCCCGACUUUGAGUGGUACCGCGAUGACACCAGGAUAAACAGUGCCAAUGGCCUUGAGAUUAAGAGCACGGAGGGCCAGUCCUCCCUGACGGUGACCAACGUCACUGAGGAGCACUAUGGCAACUACACCUGCGUGGCUGCCAACAAGCUGGGGGUCACCAAUGCCAGCCUAGUCCUUUUCAGACCUGGGUCGGUGAGAGGAAUAAAUGGAUCCAUCAGUCUGGCCGUACCACUGUGGCUGCUGGCAGCAUCUCUGCUCUGCCUUCUCAGCAAAUGUUAAUAGAAUAAAAAAGUUAAAAAUAAUUAAAAAAAACACACAAAAAUGCGUCACACAGAAUACAGAGAGAGAGAGAGAGAGAGAGAGAGAUGAGGGGAGACUGUUUAUUUCACAACUUUGUGUGUUUAUAAAUGAAGGGGGAAAUAAGAAAAUGAAAAAGAAAUACAACAUUUAAAACAAUUUUACAGUCCAUCAAUAAAAAUUUAAGUAUAAUUCAGGGUAAAGAAAGUUCUACCAGGAUAUGUUUAUAUCUACUAAUCGAAUGUAUGCUGUGUAAAGACUACAUCAUGUUAAGGACAUCCGGACGUUGUAAAAAUAAGACAAGUACCAGAUGGAUAUUAACCCCCCGAUACACACUUUAUCCUUCCUUCCUUCAUCCUUUUUCAUCUGUGGGGGAAAAAGAAAAUAAGGUCUUGCCUUUGGUGUUUAUAUUUCCAUAAUCUUUUUAUUCUGUUUUUCAUUUGAGCUGAUCUGAAGCCAUUUCAGACUAUCAGUGGAAUCUUAUGUUGAGCCUUUCUCUGACUUUCCUGCCUCCACUAUCCCUCCAACUUUUGAGAUCAUCCCCUCUCCUCCAGUGUGUUCUAUCUCCCCCACACCUAACCCAGAUAGUCCCUUUUAACCUGACUCCCCUCCCGGCUCUAUUCACACACCCCCACCCUCCCUCGCCCCAGAGCACUAGUCAUGCCGCAAAUGCUAGGAAGUGCCAUUUUAAUUUUCUCCACUGUGCGCGUGUGCUCAAGUCUUUUGCUCUCACGUGGGUGUACAUGUGUGUGAGCGUGUGUGUGUCUCUCUCUGAAGCAUGCCAAGGAAAUGGUCCAUGUGUACAUAGACUCAUUGUGCUGUAGAUACUGUCCUGCAUUGUAAUUGUGAGAUGCGGCUGUUACAAGUUGCUGGGGGAGAUGUCGGGGAAGAGGCAAGGAGAAGAGUCCCUCCCCCCGUCCAUGGCUGUCACAUAACAUCAGUGUGUACUCAAACCAAGCUGUGCCCCUUCCAAGGGCAGGACCCCAUAUUCCUUCUAGUCUCAUCAUCAGAAUCCAGUCGGGAGUCACUCAGAAUAUCAUUGUAAAUGAAAGUGCCUACUAUCGAUGGGGUGAGCAAAAAGUAGAAUGAAUCAGUGCCGUGGAUGAGGUGGCCUAGGAGAGGAGGUUGCAGAUUUCACUCUUGUUUCCUGAGCCUGAGGGGUUCAUGUAUUUCCUGGCUGUUUAUAGGCUGGGCCCUGCUCUGCCACACACGUGGGCAGUACAUUAAGGAAAUCCCCAGAAACAGGAAGGUCUCCAAGUGUUAACUCCCAGGGGAAGAACGACGAGCCAUGUGGACUUACUAAGCAGCCCAGUUUUGCCUCCUCCUUAGUCUUCAAAUAACACUGCAUUUGCCCCAUGGAGUCCCCUGAGCAGAGAUUGCUUCCUAUUUCACAUAAAAUACAGUGAAAGUGAGCAAGGCAAGAAAAAUAGACAGAUGUUCGGGUUGAUGCCCAUGUUCUGGAGAUACUGUCAGAGCUCUAAUGCAAAGCAUUGGCCGUAACAAAAAGAAAUUCACUCCUUGUGCUCCCCUGCAGACUUUGGUCCUGGUAUUCUAGGCUAAGACUUUAUUUGGUUACCCACAUCAUUCCCCUUCUGACACUCUGAUGGUGUUGGCAGCCCCUUUUUCAUGGUGGGCUAUCAUUAUCCUAGGCCAGGCUGCUAGGAAUUGCAUUAUAUUCACCUUCCCUGCUCUGUUUAAAUUUACAUCAGUAAGAGUCAUUUGGACAUUAACACUGAAAUGUGAGCUAGUUCCUUAAGCAAAAGAGUUGGACAAACUGUAAUAAAUUUAGGCAGAAAUUAUAUAAGUACCACAAAGCUUGGCAUUACCACAUCACCAGAAGGAUUUUCUUAGGAAAGGUCUUGCAGGGAGAGCUGGCUCCCUGAAUAUAGGUUUCUUUGUCGGAAAACCAACCAUUGCUCUCAUUUAGACUACAGCAGGUAUUGGAAGUGGCUCAGUUAAUUAAAGGCCAGAGGAUUAUUACUGAGGUUAUAAUUGAAUGUGAUCUCACAGAGUCAAGCAUGGACCUCAUUGAGGUUGGAACCUUGAAAAUAGCUGCCACGUGACAUAAAAUGAGAAAUCUCAUAACAGAAAGAAAGAAAGAGAGAGAGAAAAAGAGAGAAGGAAGGAAGGAAGGAAGAAAAGCAAGAGAAGGAAGGAAGGAAAGAAGGAAAAUCUGAGUAGCAUUUUUAAUUUCUAGGAAAUCCUACUGUUUGUUUUAGAAGCUUAUCACAUCCUUCUUUCAUGAUUUUGAGGUUUAAACAUGAAACAGAAGGACAAAUUUGGCUUGGGAAUGGAUACAAGUGUUUAUGGCAGAUUCUGACAUAGGACAGAAAAAAAAUUCUUACCCAAGAAGGUAUCUAGUAAAAUGUAGGAAAGGUGAGCCAUAUUCUUAUGCAGCAUCGAUUUAUUGACAAUCAGGGAUUUCUCUUAACAGUUUGGUCUUCUUAGUACAGGAAUAAAAGGUGGUCAUCUUUGAUGAUGAAUCUAUGGGGAGCCCCAUAUAUUGAAGAGGCAGUGACAUACUUAGGGGAAAGCUUUAUAAAAGUGUAUGCUAAUUUAAAUAUACACAGGCAGAGAAAAGUAGAAAGAAUUAAUUUGGAUGUUGUUUAGUAUCAGUUUCAGGAACAGAUCCGUGUGACCUGUCAUAGGCUUUAAUUGCACACCUGGCCUCAUCAUAAGGACAAGGUCUUGGUGUUACAGAAGGAGCUUCUCCAUUAAAAGGAAUGUCUUUCCCAUGUCAGCACCAACUGUUCCCUUGGUUUUAAUGUAAUGGACCAUAUAUUAAACGUAAUUAAACAUAUAUUUUAAAAUGUGGUGUUUGAUAAAGAUCUGAGAAUUUUUAAAAUUUCUUCUGGCUCCUGUUUCAGAGAAAACAUUGGCCCCAGAAUUCUUGUCUCUAAGCAAUGUGAACAAUAGUUUGGAGAAAUGUCAAGGAAAAGGUAGGGGCCAGAGGACUGACACCAAGAAAUCAUCAAGUCUUAACAUGAGACUUCUUGGAAUUUAGAUCAUCAUAUUUCUAUAAAUUCCUUCAAGAAUCUUGUCUGUUGGUAAGCAAACUUGAAACCCUACAAUGAAAAGCACCAAUUGAUUGAAAAUAACGUACUGAGAAAAGUGAAAUGCAUCCAUUAAUCUGAACGGCUAAUAUAUCAAAUGUCCUUUGUAUACAAAAUAAAAUCCACGAUUUAUAAAACAAAACCUUUAGACUCAACUUUUAGUUAACAAAAACAGAAAUGACCUUGAUCCAGGCCACUUCCUGAAGAACAAGAACUGCAGAACUGUAGGUAUAUCCUCUGUGCAAUUGUUGAUCAAAAGAUUUUGCCUUGUUGGAGAAAUAGUCUUGCUUGUUUUGAGACAUAAAAUCCUUCUGUUCUAAAAGCACUAGGCUUAUG